AUGGAGAAGAAGCGAGAGAACUGGUUGAGAAGAAGGGAGAAAUGGUGGAUAAGAAGCGAGAGAACUGGUGUGGAGGAACAACAAGGUAAGUAAGGGGGGGGGGCGGGGGGGUGGGAGAAGGGAACCAGAAAAAUUGCUUUAGUCUAGAAUAAGGUCGGCGUGGGUCUAUCACUAUUUUUCGGUCAAGCUUUUUUUUGUUCUUACCUAAAAAUUUGUUUUUCAUUUUUUUGUUAAAAAAAUGAGUUUUUGUCGGAAAUUUUUAAUUUUUUGCCCUAAAAAAUUUUUUUUUCUCAAAAACUUUCAAAAACCGAUAAACCCACGAUGAUUGAGUAUACACUGCUCCAAGGGCAGGGUAUUUCAAACAAAAACGACCGAAAGUCCGGACUUUAGCAAGCCUUCUGAAGUCGCUGAGUGCGGGAGCGGGUGGUGCGUGUUCCAAAAACAAAUUGCGUCUCUCACCAUGCCUAUACCUCCAAUUCCCAUGUCUUGAUCUCGGCAAAGGUGUCCUUGGCGCUGCCUUCAGAAAGCAGCUUAAUACACCGUCUGUGCCGGAUGAGUAG